AUGCGCCACACGUCGGUGGUUGUCAGCCGUUUUGUUGGGUCAUCCCCGACAGAGGAGAACACGAGCCGCGACGUGCUCUCCUCACCCCUCUCGCCGCCGCCGCCUCCUCCCAGCACAGGGAGCGACGAGGAAAGCGUGCCAGAGGACUCAGUCCUUGGAAGUUUGCCACGCGCGCUUGAGAGCGUCGUACGGAAGCUAGUGCGGCGGCCAGGCGUCACUAACUACCCAUCGACGGUUGGGAUGCAAGCAGGUGAUGGUGAUGGUGUGUGGCAGUGUGCCGCUACACCCCCCAUGAUGCCAGACAGCACAGACGGCAGGAGCGCCCUCACUCUUAACAAGUUGCCGCUUUUGGCCUCGCCUUAUUUCGGCUCAGAUGUGGAAACCACACGGGCAUCUGAUUUAGCCGCCCGCUACCCGUAUUACAAUUCACAUAUUUCGUUGCCCACCACUACAGGUAAUUCGCAAAAGGAAUUGAGACGACAAAAUCGCAGCUUGGGUGACGGUGCCUCUCCAAUGAUCCUCCAAACAGCGACUGACAACAUUAGAGCUGCCUCGCUCCCUCCUCUAACAGUAGUGGACAUGAACCAGGCCAUUGAGCAAUGUAUGCAGGAGUGCCAACGAGCGAUGUCGCCUCUUACCAGCAGUAUGCCCUUUAUUCGGGUUCACAAGGGUGAAUGCGUGGGGAAGGUAGACACAGCGAUCCGGAAUACACGCCUAGUUGAGUGUUUGAGAGAAGUUCGUAUGGAAUGUGGUGCUAACAGCUUUGUGGCAGCUUUUCUAUCCGCCAAUGGGUACAACGAGGCGCUACGCUCGUUUAGGAUGCAUCUGCCGUUGGCCGAGCAACAACUUCAAAGCUUUCUGUAUCAUCAACGAAAACAGCAGCAACAGCGUCAGGGUAGAUGUUUGGUUACAACUCCGUCUGUACAACAGGGAGGGCAAGAGGUGUUGCCAUCACCAGAAUAUGCCAUGACGAAUGAUGACUUGCUGCUCCUCGUGAUGGAAACUGUACGACGCAAACAGUUACUCAAUGACAGCCUACCCUGGCGGGAUGUCAAUUGCCAGCGAAAUGAUUAUCGUCUGGAGUCUUUGAGACGGCAGAAAACGCCUCAGGAGAACACCCCUACGUCGCCAGACAGCGGUGUUGCAACUUCGUUUGCUUCGGCCAUUGGUGGGUCGCUAGACCUCCUCAUUGAGGUUCUUAUUCUUGUGGAAACAGACAUCCCUUUCACCACGGGAAUGCCACUAAUGAACUAUACCAAUACCUUCAUUGUUCUUGCUUCUUUGUUUGUGAUGCCGGAGGUGUUAAUUGUGCGGCUUAUCCGCCUUUUUCGCCACGUGCAACAGGACUUGAUUUUGGAUCACAGCCGCCGCGUCUUUUUACAGCGCCGUAUCGUACAAUUUAUGACUGCCUACUGCAGUUAUCAUGAGGCGGAUGUGACGUCCACCCUUCUUGAGCGUCUUCGGCUGUUUUUGCAGAAGUUGUGUGUCACACCUCCGGUGGGUCACUCCGCACGCGGCGCCGAAGCCGUCACUUGUGGCGAGGCGAAAAGGUCAACGGCAGACACACAAGAAGAACUGGGCGGUUUCCUUUUUGUGCAUGCCGAAGUUGCGCCGAGCCUUAACGAGUUGUCCGCUUUUGUUGAGCUCACCUUAGAAAAAAUGUACAUGGCGUCUCAAGAAGGUGGUUCAGGUGUCUGCUGGCAACGGCAUUUAACGGCGCUUGUGAGGCCACUAGGCACCAUCUUGAAGACGUCGAACCAACAGUCUCGUGGUGCGGAAGAUGUGAACAGCGUCCAGGCAGCGUUCCACAAAGAGUAUCUUAAAAAGAAAGGGGAGCAUCAAGCGGAGGUUGCGUUCACAGUAGUUUCUGCGGAAACGCUUGCGAUGCAAUUAUGCCUUCUCUCAUUUAAGUUGUUUGCCGAUAUUCGUUUGCGUGAAUUACUUAACAAUGCGUGGUGUGAUGAGGUCAUGCGCAUGAGUGUGCCUAAUUACUUAUUGCGGCUGAUUGACUAUUCCUCCCACGUGCAGCGAUGGACGACGGCUGUGAUUGUGAGCCCGGCACGAUGGUCCGAGUGCCAAAAGGCCAUGACUUAUGUCAUUCGCCUCUGUCGUUGUCUGUGCGACCAACAAAACUAUGAAAUGGCCUCGGCUGUGUUGGGUGGCCUGCAGCAUCCUGCAGUGGUGGCAUUGGAAGACUUGUACCAAGGACGGGUUGAGCCUCACGGCAUAUUAGGCGAUGAGGAGCAGCGGGAGUUAACGGCGCUGCAGAAUCUCAUGGAUCCGUUUGCCUCCCAAGAGAGCCCUUCUUCGUUUUCCUGUAUCAGUAGCCGCGCCUCGGAAGAGUCACAGGCGCCGAUGAUUCCGCUGCUUGCACCACUCCUUGGCGUGCUUUUCCGCACCGAGGAGGUGAGGGGAAGGACGGUGGAGUUGUUUCCCACGACUGGACUUCCCGUCGUGAACUGGACCAAAAUAAUGGCGAUUAGCAAGACCGUGUUUUUGUGGCUCCGCUGCCAAAACACGCCGUACGCGUACGCACCGGACGCCACGCUGCAGCACUACUUGUGGCAGCUGCCCGGUCAUUUGCUGCGCGACGCAACCUUGAUGGGGCUUGCGCGGCAGAAACGCCAGCUGUGA